AUGGCUAGUUUCAGACCACUCAUCAAGAUCACCAACACGAGUAUUGAUCUCAAAUUUGUCCUGGCCUUGUUAGAGCGUUGGAAACCAGAGAAUCACACCUUCCAUCUUCCAACAGGGGAAUGCACAAUAACCCUGGAAGAUGUGUACAUGUUGUUGGGUCUUCCAAUAGUAGGUAAGGCUGUCAAUGGCUGUGUGCAACAGGCCAAUGCCCUUUGCAAGCAAGCAUUGAGCGUUGAUUUAAUAGAAGGUGAAGUAGGUGCUAGGGGCCAGGGUGUAAACCUAAAGGCCCUAAAACUAUAUUAUUAUCAAUUUAAUUUAUACGAAAAUUCUUCUAAAGAGAUUGUUCUUCAAAAAACAAGGUAUAAAUGGGGGUCUGCUGUCCUGGAAAUGUUGUAUCAGUCACUGUGUAAGAAUGCUAAGAGGGAUUCUUGCACUUUCUAUGGUUGCGCCGUCUUGAUUUUGCGUAAAGGGAAAGGACUACAAGAAAAAUCCGCUGUCAAAUAUCACGAUUUUAUAUGGAGGCCUUAUUUGGACUGCGAGCAUGAACUCAGGGCUGAGGAUGCUGCUAUUUGGACUACAAAGACAUCAAUCUUUCGCUACGACAUCGUGGAGAUGCAUCAAUCUGACAGGGUGAAACUCUAG